AUGAGGCGGAGAGGACCCAAGGAGGAGACCUGCGGCGUCUGGCUGGACGCAGCGGAGCCGAAGAAGCGGAAAAUACAAACACUUCUGAUCAAACCAGGCACUGAAAUGUUAACACUCUUUCCAAGAGAGAGAAAGACGAAGAGCUUUUUUACGCCAAGAAGUGCUCCACCUGCAGGCAUUCGACAGACUAGCGUUGCUUCCUUCUUCACUUUGCAGCCAGGAAGGGCCAGAGGUGGCAAUGAAACACAUGUCUCAGCUCAGAGAGAAAGUCAGACCUCCAAAGAGUCUAAGGAAGAUGCAGCCCAGCUAAAGCAUUUUCUCCAGGACUUGCGGGAAGACUCUGUGGCUUCCCCUUUAUUCACUUCGACCCCCGCAGACAUCCCCGAUGCUGAACUUUCUCCACAGUCCCUCCAGGAGUCUUCUGGACACAACAGAAUGGAAACUCCAUAUUUGACUGUGCUAACUUUUCCUGACAUCCCGGUGUCAGCUGAGGAGGAUAAAGGCUCAUUGGCUUUUUCUUUCACCCAGGAUUUGAAGAGUUCUUGUUUGCUAGACCAAAGGGAGAGGGAAAGAGCAUCUUCUGGAGCUAGGGAGAGGAUCCACAGACCUAAGAACUGUCGGGAUGUAUUAAACCUGCCUGAGGGGAAAUGCCAUCAGUCCUUGGACAAAACUAAACUGGAAAGGCAGGAAGUUGCCAAAGAAAAUAGGCAGCCCUCUUUCUUUCACACUUUCAGGGAUUCCUGGAGUGAAGAAAGCACAAUGUCAGUGAAGAAAGGCCCUUGUCCUGUUCCUUUGUUUCCCUGGGACAGUGAAAGACAGAAAGACAAGGAUUCCUGGAGUCAGCUCUUCACUGAGGAUUCUCAGGGCCAACGAGUCAUUGCCCACAGUUCAAGAGCUCCUUUCCGAGAUGUAACCAAUAACUGGAAUCUAGACUUAGAGCAGUCUCCUCACAGCCCUCGCACUCGGUCUCAGUGCCAGGAUGGGGACACUCAGUUCAAUCUCCACUCUGGUUUGCUCUUUACCCAGGACUCUGAAGUCCAUGCUCUAGCUUGUUGGCAAUACUGUUCCAGAAGAUUUCAGAGGCAGAAACAUCUGCAGUGA